UUCACGACGGACCGAUCUCUUUUAAAGCUUGUAAGAGACCAGAAUGGUUGAUUAUUUUGUUUGAUUUGUUUGAAUAGAGAUUUCCUCUUUCUAAUUGCAACGCCGAAUGCAAUGCUAGUAUAGCUUCGAUCUGUUCGAGUUUGCGAAAUGUCACAAGAAGACACAUUUCUGGGAGUCCCAUGCCAUGGUAAAGGCGAUAUAGUGCAAACCAAAAACAGAAGCCGUCUUGGUCUCAUUGUCACCGGUGUUGUGGGCGGCUCACUUGUGGCUCUUUACGCUGUUGCUGCGCCGUUUGUGGCUCCUGCCCUGAGGAAGGUCUGCCUCCCCUUUGUCCCUGCGACCACGGUUCAAGUAACCAAUGUCCUCAGCGCCCUCCGGGCUCGGUCGGGGACACUAGUGGAUAUUGGCAGCGGAGACGGACGCAUAGUGAUCGCAGCAGCCAAGCAGGGCUUUAGAGCAUCAGGCUUUGAGUUGAACCCCUGGCUGGUGUGGUAUUCACGCUAUAAAGCUUGGAAGGAGGGUGUCCAUCACACAACAUCUUUCCACAUAUCUGAUCUCUGGAAGGUCAGUUUUGCCCAGUACCCCAAUGUUGUCAUUUUUGGAGUACCUCAAAUGAUGGAGAGGUUGGAACACAAGCUGGCUGAAGAGCUGCCAAGCACAGCCAAGGUGGUAGCAUGCCGAUUCCCUUUUCCCACAUGGAUCCCUGAACAAACUGUUGGGGAAGGCAUAGACACUGUGUGGGUAUAUGAUGCCAAGACAUUCAAAUGCCACAAAAGGACCAGGACAUUAUCUGACCCGAGCUAACAUGGAUAAUAACCUUUAUGUAAAUUUAAAUAAAUUAAAAUAUAUUUCA